AAAUAUUAAUAGAAAACUCAUAUUCAUUAAAUUAAAAUCGAUUAAACAAUGGAAGUAUUAUUUGUAGUGAAUUUGAACAAGAAACUCUUUCCUUUUCAUCGGAAACUUUAUUUAAUCUACUUUAUCAUUUAGAUUUAACCAAGUGAAUGGGGACACUACAUGAAUUGCAACCCAAACAGAAAUAUUUAAAUGAUUUAAGAUAGUGGAAGGGAAAGUUGAAAAAUUCUUAGUGUGUCUGACCUAGAUGUCUUUUAGUAAGGCCCCAACCGGGCGACAGUGUAAACGUUAACUUUCGCUUUUACUCAGUAAAGAAAACGAAACUCCGACGAAUCGAUGACACAGAAAAAUGUUAUUUUUUAAAUUUUUGGUGUUAAUCGGUGCGUUUUUUCCGGGUUCAAACUCUUUAAUAGUACCGGGGGAAAUCCCAACUUUGCUUAGUUUGAUUUAUUCUAACAUUCCAACAAUUAAAAAAGGUACCGAUUCAAGAUUAGGUUGGGGAUUUCGCCUCGGAAACCGCGCAGAUUUCCAAGUUUUAGUCGAAUUGGGCCCACAAACAAACACUCAACCUUUAGCGAAUCAACAACAACCAUCAGGAUCAUCAAAAAGGGAAUCAUCCGAUAGUUUAAGAGAUAUCCUUUGGGCGCAGAGGCAACAAGAAAAAUUAGAUCGAAAGAAAACCACAGAAAAACCACAAUUCUCAAAUACAAACGGAGGGGGUUGGUUAAAAGAAUGGAGCGAGUCCAUGCAACCCAAAGAAACUCCACAAAAACCCGUUAAAAUAAUUGAUGUCCCACUUGGAAUUGGUGAAGUUGAUGCGAAAUUAGUUAUUCCCGAGGAUGAUCUUAAUCAUGAUGAAAAGGAUGAAAAUAAUGAGGUUAAAUCGGAAAAAGAUAAUUAAAUAUUUGUGUUGUAAAGUUAGUUUGUUAGGUUAUGUAGGUAUUUAUUAAUAAAUGAGGUUAUUUUUUUAAAUGGA